GAGGCGGCGGCACCAGUGGCGGCGGCGGCGGCGGCGGCGGCGGGGGAAGCAGCAGCGGCAGAAUGUUGGCUACCAGGUUGUUUGGCCUCAUUGGCAGGCGGGCUAUUUCCACCUCUGCUUGUGUUAGGGCCCAUGCAGGUGUUGUGAAGACUGAAGACUAUAGCCUUCCAAGUUAUGUGGAUCGUCGGGAUUAUCCCCUGCCGGAUGUGGCUCAUGUCAAGAACCUUUCUUCUAGCCAGAAGGCUUUAAAAGAGAAGGAAAAGCAACCAUGGAGUAAAUUGUCCUCUGAAGAAAAAGUCCAGUUGUAUCAUAUCAAAUUCAACGAGACCUUUGCUCAAAUGAAUCAAUCCUCAAAUGAAUGGAAAACAGUUAUUGGGGGUACAUUGUUCUUCAUUGGCUUUGCUGCUCUGAUUAUCAUCUGGGAGAAGCGCUACGUUUAUGGUCCUAUUCCGCACACUUUUUCUGAAGAUUGGGUGGCCAUGCAGACCCAGAAAAUGCUGGACAUGAAGGUUAGUCCCAUCCAGGGGUUUUCUGCCAAGUGGGACUAUGAAAAGAAAGAGUGGAAGAAAUAGAAGAAAUUGGGGAUCAUGUUUCCUGUUUAUUUGAACUUCUUACUUGUUCCUUAAUGUAUGUGCAACCCUCAGCAUAUUUACUGGAACAUUCUAUGUAAAACAAUAACAGUGAGAAUAAACAGCUGACUUACUUGAA